CAAAUAACUUAACGUUAAACAUCUCUGUAAAAGACUCAUGUCUGAUUACAGUGAAUCUUCGUCGUUUCACUCUCAAGGGAGUUAUCCUGCAACAAAUUAUCUUGAUCAACAAACGCAACAACAACCGUUUGCAUAUCAAUAUUAUCAAUUCGCUAAUGUCCAGAAUCAACAAUUCAACGGAUCUAACCAAUUUAUGAAUAUACAACAACCGAUUGAACCAUCACCCGAAAAAAUAGAGGAGAAAGCAAGAAAAUGGCAACAAAUGCAAUCAAAGCGAUAUGGAGAGAAAAGAAAGUUUGGAUUCAUUGAACAUGAAAAGGCUGAUAUGCCACCAGAGCAUAUCAGAAAAAUCAUAAAAGAUCAUGGAGAUAUGUCGAGUAAGAAAUAUAGGCACGACAAAAGAAUCUAUCUAGGUGCCUUAAAAUAUGUGCCGCACGCAGUUUUAAAGUUGCUAGAAAAUAUGCCAAUGCCUUGGGAACAGGUUCGUGAAGUACCUGUUUUAUACCAUAUUACUGGAGCAAUAACGUUCGUCAAUGAGAUUCCAUGGGUUAUUGAACCAGUAUAUAUAGCACAAUGGGGUACUAUGUGGAUUAUGAUGCGUCGCGAGAAACGGGAUAGACGACAUUUUAAGCGUAUGCGAUUUCCACCCUUUGAUGAUGAAGAGCCUCCAUUAGAUUAUGGCGAUAAUAUUCUAGAUGUAGAGCCACUGGAAGCAAUUCAAAUGGAACUGGAUGAGGUUGAAGAUGCGCCAGUUCAUGAGUGGUUCUAUGACCAUAAACCUUUAAUGGACACUAAGUUUGUGAAUGGAUCAACAUAUCGAAGAUGGAAACUAAGUUUGCCUAUCAUGUCCACUUUAUAUCGCUUAGCACACCAAUUAUUAUCAGAUUUGACAGAUCAAAAUUAUUUUUACUUGUUUGACCUAAAGUCAUUUUUUACUGCUAAAGCAUUAAAUUUGGCGAUCCCUGCUGGUCCAAAGUUUGAACCAUUGUAUAGGGAUAUGGAUGCGGCUGAUGACGAUUGGAAUGAAUUUAAUGACAUCAAUAAAAUAAUCAUCAGACAACCUAUUCGUACAGAAUAUAAAAUAGCUUUCCCUUUCCUUUAUAAUUCUUUGCCACGUUCUGUCCAAGUGUCGUGGUAUCACGAACCUACAGUUGUUUAUAUUCGUGCCGAGGAUCCUGAUCUACCUGCAUUUUAUUUUGAUCCUAUCAUUAACCCUAUUUCAUCACGCAAUGUUACUUCACUAAAUUUACGAAAUUUGCAUGAAGAUGAAAUAUUUAAUGAAAAAGAUGUAGAUACAGAGUUUUCGCUUCCAAGUAAAGUUGUACCAUUUUUAGAAGAUAGGCCGUUAUAUACAGAUACGACAGCUGAUGGUAUUGCAUUGUGGUGGGCUCCUUAUCCUUUUAAUAAACGUAGUGGUCGAAUGAGACGUGCCGAAGAUAUUCCUUUAGUGAAGAAUUGGUAUCUCGAACAUUGUCCUCCUGGGCAACCUGUAAAAGUUCGCGUUUCAUAUCAAAAACUUAUCAAAUGUUAUGUGUUAAAUGCGUUGAAACACAGACCUCCAAAAGCCUUGAACAAAAAAUAUUUGUUUCGCCAACUUAAGUCCACAAAAUUCUUCCAAACUACAGAGUUAGAUUGGGUUGAAGCGGGAUUGCAAGUUUGUCGUCAAGGAUAUAAUAUGCUUAACCUUUUGAUUCAUCGUAAGAAUCUUAAUUACUUGCAUUUGGAUUACAAUUUUAAUUUAAAACCUGUGAAAACACUUACCACUAAGGAACGUAAAAAGUCUCGAUUCGGGAAUGCUUUCCAUUUAUGUCGAGAAAUUUUGCGUUUGACAAAGCUGGUUGUUGAUUCACAUGUACAGUAUCGGUUGGGUAAUGUAGAUGCAUUCCAGUUAGCUGAUGGCUUACAAUAUAUAUUUGCACACGUUGGCCAGCUUACUGGAAUGUACAGAUAUAAAUAUCGCUUGAUGAGACAAAUUAGAUUAUGUAAAGAUUUAAAACACCUUAUUUAUUAUCGAUUCAAUACGGGUCCGGUAGGUAAAGGACCUGGUUGUGGUUUUUGGGCACCAGGAUGGCGUGUCUGGUUAUUUUUUAUGAGAGGAAUUGUUCCUUUAUUAGAACGAUGGCUUGGAAAUUUAUUGGCACGUCAUUUCGAAGGCCGUCAUUCCAAAGGAAUUGCUAAGACUGUAACGAAACAACGUGUCGAAUCUCAUUAUGACCUUGAACUUCGUGCUGCCGUUAUGCAUGAUAUCUUGGAUAUGAUGCCGGAGGGUAUCAAAGCUAAUAAAUCUAAAACUAUAUUACAACAUCUUAGUGAGGCUUGGAGAUGUUGGAAGGCAAACGUUCCUUGGCAUAUUAUGGGAAUGCCUAAACCUAUCGAGAAUAUGAUUCUUAGAUAUGUUAAGAGUAAAGCUGAUUGGUGGACUAGUGUUGCACAUUACAAUCGUGAAAGAAUCCGAAGAGGUGCAACUGUUGAUAAAACGGUUUGCAAGAAAAAUCUUGGACGUUUGACGCGUCUGUGGCUGAAAGCCGAGCAAGAACGUCAACAUAAUUAUCUUAAGGAUGGCCCUUAUAUUACUGCAGAAGAAGCCGUUGCCAUUUACACGUCUACAGUUCAUUGGUUGGAAAGUCGUAAAUUUUCACCUAUUCCUUUCCCACCACUUUCAUAUAAACAUGACACAAAGUUAUUAAUAUUGGCGCUUGAAAGAUUGAAGGAGGCCUACAGUGUAAAGGGCAGACUUAAUCAAAGUCAACGUGAAGAAUUGGGUUUGAUCGAACAAGCUUAUGAUAACCCACAUGAAGCUCUUAGUCGAAUUAAACGUCUUUUAUUGACCCAGCGUGCAUUUAAAGAAGUUGGGAUCGAAUUUAUGGAUCUUUACAGUCAUUUGAUUCCAGUAUUCGACGUUGAGCCUCUUGAGAAAAUUACUGACGCAUACCUUGAUCAAUACUUAUGGUAUGAGGGAACAAAAAGAAAUUUAUUCCCUGCAUGGAUUAAGCCUUCAGAUACCGAACCACCGCCAUUGCUUGUCUACAAGUUCUGUCAAGGAAUUAACAACUUGACAGAUGUGUGGGAUACAUCUGAAGGACAGAUUAAUGUCAUGUUGGAAACUCAAUUUAGUAAAGUCUAUGAAAAGAUAGAUUUAACUUUAUUAAACAGAUUAUUACGAUUGAUUUUAGACCACAACCUUGCAGACUACAUGACAGCAAAGAAUAACGUAGUAUUAAAUUAUAAGGACAUGAAUCAUGUUAAUGCAUAUGGUCUCAUUCGUGGUUUACAAUUUGCAAGUUUUAUCUUCCAGUAUUAUGGCCUUAUUCUUGACUUAUUAGUUCUUGGAUUGCAACGCGCAUCUGAAAUGGCAGGACCAGCAUCGAUGCCUAAUGACUUUCUCCAGUUUCGUGAUGUUGCGACCGAGACUCGACAUCCAAUAAGAUUAUAUUGUCGUUAUAUUGACAAAGUUCACAUAUUUUUCCGAUUUAACGCUGAAGAAGCUAGAGAUCUUAUUCAGCGCUAUUUAACAGAACAUCCUGAUCCAAAUUCGGAAAAUAUAGUUGGAUAUAACAAUAAGAAGUGUUGGCCACGAGAUUGCAGAAUGAGACUUUUCAAGAGUGAUGUAAAUGCUGGAAGAGCAGUAUUUUGGGAUAUCAAAAAUAGAUUGCCUCGUUCAUUAACUACUAUUGAAUGGGAAGACACUUUUUGUAGUGUUUAUUCCAAGGACAAUCCUAACGUUUUGUUUUCAAUGUGCGGGUUUGAAGUAAGAAUACUUCCAAAAAUUCGAAAUCUUAAUGAAGAAUUCACACUUAAGGAUGGCGUAUGGAAUUUGAUUAAUGAGCAAACAAAAGAAAGAACUGCACAAGCUUUCCUUCGUGUUGAUGAAGAAUCAAUGCAAAAGUUUCACAAUCGUGUACGACAAAUUUUAAUGGCUAGUGGUAGCACAACAUUUAGCAAAAUCAGCAACAAAUGGAAUACUUGCUUAAUUGGUUUGAUGUCUUAUUUUAGAGAAGCUGUCGUGCAUACUCGCGAGCUUUUGGACAUAAUUGUGAAAGCAGAAAAUAAGAUUCAAACUAGAAUUAAGAUUGGUCUCAACAGUAAAAUGCCUAGCCGUUUCCCAGUACACGUUUUUUAUUGUCCAAAAGAAUUGGGUGGUCUUGGAAUGUUGUCAAUGGGACACGUGCUUAUUCCUCAAUCGGAUCUACGCUGGAGUAAACAAACAGAAACGCAGAUUACGCAUUUUCGUGCAGGAAUGUCACACGAAGAAGAUCAAUUGAUUCCUAAUCUUUUUCGAUAUCUCCAGCCGUGGGAAUCUGAAUUCAUUGAUUCCCAACGUGUAUGGGCAGAAUAUGCGCUCAAGCGUCAAGAAGCUAAUGCCCAAAAUAGAAGAUUGACACUUGAAGAUCUUGAGGAUUCUUGGGAUAGAGGAUUACCUAGAAUAAAUACAUUAUUCUCAAAAGAUAGACAUACCCUUGCAUAUGACAAAGGAUGGCGGGUUAGAAAUGAUUUUAAACAAUAUCAGGUGUUAAAGAAUAACCCAUUCCAUUGGACUAGCUCGCGCCAUGACGGUAAACUUUGGUCACUCAACAAUUAUCGUACUGACGUCAUUCAAGCACUUGGUGGCGUUGAAGGUAUUUUAGAACACACCCUUUUCAAAGGAACUUACUUUACCACAUGGGAAGGUCUUUUUUGGGAAAAAGCUUCGGGAUUUGAGGAAUCAAUGAAAUACAAGAAAUUAACAAAUGCUCAGCGAUCCGGUCUUAAUCAAAUUCCAAACAGAAGGUUUACUUUGUGGUGGUCUCCAACUAUUAACCGUGCAAAUGUCUAUGUUGGUUUCCAAGUACAACUUGAUCUUACGGGUAUCUUUAUGCAUGGAAAAAUUCCUACAUUAAAGAUUUCAUUGAUUCAAAUCUUUAGAGCACAUUUAUGGCAAAAGAUUCACGAGAGUAUUGUGAUGGAUCUCUGCCAAGUAUUCGAUUCAGAGCUUGAAAGUUUACAGAUUGAAACUGUUCAAAAAGAAAGUAUUCAUCCGAGAAAGUCAUACAAGAUGAAUUCUUCUUGUGCAGAUAUAUUACUUUUUGCCGCAUACAAAUGGAAUGUAUCUAAACCAUCUUUACUGAAUGAUAAUAAAGACACUAUGGAUGGAACAACUACUUCACGUUGGUUUGUUGAUGUACAACUUAGAUUUGGAGAUUUUGAUUCACAUGACAUCGAAAGAUAUACCAGGGCAAAAUUUUUGGAUUAUUCCACAGAUAAUAUGAGUAUAUAUCCAUCACCAUUUGGCAUUAUGAUUGGUAUAGAUCUCGCGUAUAAUCUUCAUAGUGCAUACGGUCAUUGGAUUCCCGGAAUGAAACCUUUAAUACAAUCUGCUAUGGCGAAGAUUAUGAAAGCGAAUCCUGCAUUAUAUGUCUUGCGUGAACGUAUACGUAAAGGGUUACAAUUAUACUCUUCAGAACCUACAGAACCUUAUUUAUCUUCGCAAAAUUAUUCCGAAUUGUUUAGCAAUCAGAUAAUUUGGUUCGUUGAUGAUACGAACGUAUAUCGUGUAACAAUUCACAAAACAUUUGAAGGAAAUUUGACCACGAAGCCAAUUAAUGGAGCUAUUUUUAUCUUUAAUCCAAGAACUGGACAAUUGUUUUUGAAGAUUAUUCACACUUCAGUUUGGGCCGGUCAGAAACGUUUAGGUCAAUUGGCCAAGUGGAAAACAGCUGAAGAAGUUGCUGCUUUAAUUAGAUCCUUACCAAUUGAAGAACAACCCAAACAAAUUAUUGUUACACGAAAAGGCAUGUUGGACCCUCUUGAGGUACACUUGCUCGAUUUCCCAAAUAUUGUUAUCAAAGGAAGCGAAUUACAACUUCCCUUCCAGGCUUGUCUUAAAUUAGAAAAAUUUGGUGAUUUGAUUCUCAAGGCUACUGAACCUCAAAUGACUCUAUUUAACUUAUUUGACGAUUGGCUUAAAACGAUUUCUUCAUAUACUGCAUUCUCGCGUCUUAUUCUUAUUUUACGUGCUUUACAUGUAAAUACGGAUAAGACUAAGAUGAUUUUACGUCCAGAUAAAAAUACUAUUACUGAACCUCAUCAUAUAUGGCCAACAUUGACUGAUGAAGAAUGGAUUAAAGUCGAAGUUGCCCUGAAAGAUUUGAUCUUAGCAGACUAUGGAAAAAAGAAUAAUGUAAAUGUUGCGUCUCUUACGCAAUCGGAAAUUCGUGAUAUUAUUCUUGGUAUGGAAAUUUCUGCACCAUCUUUACAACGUCAACAAAUUGCUGAGAUUGAAAAACAAACUAAGGAACAAUCUCAGCUUACUGCUGUAACUACGAAAACUCAAAAUGUUCACGGGGAUGAAAUGAUCGUGACAACCACUAGUAAUUACGAGACACAAACGUUCUCUUCAAAAACAGAAUGGCGCGUGAGAGCUAUUUCUUCAACAAAUUUACAUCUUCGUACCAAUCACAUUUAUGUCAAUGCGGAGGAUAUUAAAGAUACUGGAUACACUUAUGUAUUACCAAAAAAUAUAUUGAAACGAUUUAUUCAAGUUGCUGACCUUCGAACACAAAUUGCUGCGUAUCUUUAUGGAAUAUCUCCGCGUGAUAAUGCCCAAGUCAAAGAAAUAAAGAGUUUGGUUAUAGUUCCACAGUAUGGUACACAUCAAUCAGUGAAUUUACCAUAUGCGUUACCGGAUCAUGAAUACCUUAAAGACCUCGAGCCUCUUGGUCUUAUUGUGACCCAACCAUUUGAGACUGCACAGCUAUCUCCAACAAUUUUGUCUCUUCAUGCAAGAAUUGUAGCAGACAAUAGGAAUUGGGAUGCAGACAAAACAAUUUCAAUGACAGUCUCAUUCACGCCUGGGUCUUGUUCAUUAACAGCAUACAAAUUGACACCUGCCGGUUUCGAAUGGGCUCGUAAUAAUAAGGACACAUCUGUUAAUCCACCAGGUUAUCUUCCAACAUUUGCCGAAAAAGUACAAAUGUUAUUGUCUGAUCGAUUCAUGGGGUUCUUUAUGGUCCCGGAAAAUGAUAUUUGGAACUAUUCAUUUAUGGGACCUAGUCAUAGUGCCAAUAUGAAAUAUACUCUCAAGUUGGAUGUACCGAAAGAAUUCUACCAUGAAUUACACAGGCCACAACAUUUCCUUAAUUUUAGCUCUAUGGAAGAAGAUAUUGAGGCUGAUCGAGAAGAUGCAUUUGCUUAAAUAGUAUAAUAUUAAUCAUUGUUUUAUUUUUAUUAAGACUUUUACUUUUAUUAAGACUGAAAAAAUAUAGACAUUAUAAAAUACAUGUUAUAGAUGAAUUAUUUUAAUAAUUAUUCAAAUUCUUUUACUGUAAAUACUUUUAUCAUAUAUAUAUAUAUAUCA